GCGAGCACCGCGUCAUCUGGCAAGGCAGUGGGUUCCGAGUCAACUGGCAUGACGUCUGGCGGGGGGCACUGGGGCAGACAUUGGCAAUCGUCUGGCUGGACAGUGGGCACCGGGUCAUCAGGUACCGGAUUGUCUGGCUCGACAGCAGGCAUCGGGUCACCAGGUAUGACAGCGGGCACUGGGUCACCAGGCAUCAGGUCAUUUGGCUUGCCAGCGGGCACCGCGUCAUCUGGCAAGGCAGUGGGCACCGGGGACAGUCACCAGGCAUUGGAUCGUCUGGCUCGACAGCGGGCAUCGGGUCACCAGGCAUCAGGUCAUUUGGCUCGCCAGCGGGCACCGCGUCAUCUGGCAAGGCAGUGGGCACCGAGUCACCAGGUACGACAGCGGGCUCUGAGUCAAUUGGCACGACAGCGGGCACCGGAUCAGGUACCGGAUCAUCUGGAUCAACAGCGGGCAUCGAGUCAACUG